AUGAGUAAAGUUUCUAGGUUUAGUAAUAUAAAGAAUGAGAUGGAGAAAUAAUAACAUUUGGAUAAUAUAAACUAGAAAUCCAAAAAAUAAUAAGUUGUUUUCAAUAAUCCUUUUUUUAAAUAAUAAGAUGAUUAAGAUGAAUAAGAGAAUUUUAUAGAGAGCAAAAUUUAAUAAUUAUAAGAUGUAUAAGUAGUUAUUCCUAAAGAACUUAACUUAUAAAUACAACAUAAAGUUAAAAGUCAUAUUAUUGAUCAUAAAUUAAAAAACAAUUAUGAUUAUGUUAGAUUAAAAUAUAUUAUUCGUAUUUGGAGAGAACAAUCUAUAAAAUUGAAAAUAUCAGAAGAAUAAGCCAAAUAAUAAUUAUUUAAAGCAGCUAAAGAAAAUAUGAUUGAUGAUAUGAUUAAAAAUUAAAAAUAUGAAAAGUUGAGAUAAUAAUAAGAAUAAGAAAAAAUCAUAGAAGCUUAAGAAGAUGAAAAAUCUUAAAUGUUAGAAUUAGAAGAAAGAGUAAAAUAAAAAAAAUAAACAGGAACAGCUAAACCUGAAUAAUAAAUGGCUGCUCAAAGUCAAGUAGAUUCUUUUGAACAAAAGAAUGAUUUAUUCAAAAUGCCAGAUUAAGACUUAAUACAAUAUAUUCCAUAUUGCACAGACAUUUAUUUAGGUAAAGAUUGA